AUGCGCUUCUCGGCAGCUUCGACGCUGCUGGCUCUCGCCGGCGCAGCUCAUGCUGCUUCGUGGACCUUUUCAGAUGCCUCUGUCUCCGUGGGGUCCAAAGCCUCCGAGAAGACGGUUGAGAAAUUCUCCGAUGCGGACCGCGCCAAAAAGACCAUCACGUUCGGAUACCAGGACACUCUCAAGGUUGCGUUGACCACCAAGGAGGGGUCCAAGGCCAAGAGACCGCACCAGGCUUUCCUGGUCAUCAAGGAAGCUUCAGGGCUGGAGGCGCCAUUCCCUCUGACUCUGAAGGAGUCCGGCAAGGGAAUCGUCCAGAUUAGCCACAAGGACCUCCCCGCGCAGCUGCUCACGACGCAAUCCCCCCUCGAAGCAAGCCUCAUCCUUGGCUCGACCGGCUCGACCAAGGGCUCUGUGACGCCCGUAUUCGACAUCGUCGUCAAGCUGGACCCGGGCCAUCCCACGCCUAGUCCCGCUGCUCCCCUGCGGUACGGCAAGCUCGCCGAGAUUCACCACAUCUUCCGCUCGGAUCCUAAGAACCCGCCCAAGAUUGUGUCGCUGGUUUUUUCACUAGCUGUUCUGGCUACCGUGCCUGCUCUUUUCAUCGGAUGGAUCAUCCUCGGCGGCAACUUUAGCCAUGCUUCGAAAGCGAUGGGUAAUGCGCCACUCUCGCAUGCCCUCUUCUUCGGGUCUAUUAUUGCCAUGGAGGGCGUCUUCUUCCUGUACUACAGUGCGUGGAACUUGUUCCAGACGUUGCCGGUGAUGGGGGUUGUUGCUGCUGUUGCGUUUCUGAGCGGCACGAAGGCUCUGGGGGAGGUGCAGAGCCGAAGAGUGGCUGGGGAGAGAUCCUAG